AUGCGCUAUUCAGGUCGCUUCGCUGCCCUCGCUGGCACUGUGCUUUUUUCGGCAGGCAUCGCUCAUGCGGGUUACCUACUUGACACUACUUACGAUAGUACCAACUUUUUCAACAGCUUCGACUUCUUUACACUGCCAGAUCCUACAGGGGGUUUCGUUCAAUAUGUUGAUGGACAGACUGCCAACCAGGAAGGCCUUGCCGUUUACGCCAAAGGGGGGAUAUAUAUGGGCGUCGACUCCAAGACCAAGAACCCUCCCAAUGGUCGCAAGUCAGUUCGUGUGUCCUCCAAAAAGUCAUUCACUCGUGGUCUGUUCAUUGCCGACAUAGCCCACAUGCCUGGUAGCAUUUGUGGCACAUGGCCAGCUUUCUGGCUGCUCGGUCCCGGCUGGCCAUCUUCUGGCGAGAUUGACAUACUUGAGGGUGUCAAUGCCCAAACCAAGAAUUCCAUUACUCUUCACACAGCGAACGGCUGCACUAUGUCUAACCAGGGCGCUCUCCCCUCUACCCAGUUUUCCUCUGCGGACUGUGGUGCCCUUGGUGCUUCAAAAGGCUGCCAACAGGCGACCGUCGAUGCUUCAAAUUAUGGCGACGGCUUCAACGCCAUUGGAGGUGGUGUUUAUGCUACUGAAUGGACUUCGGAUCACAUUGCAGUCUGGUUCUUCCCUCGGUCAAACAUUCCCCAGGACAUUACUUCCCAGAACCCCAACCCCGCCAGCUGGGGAGCGCCGACUGCUCGAUUCGUGGGAGGAAAUACUUGCAACAUCAACAAUUUCUUCAAGGACCACCAGAUUAUCUUUGACACCACCUUUUGUGGUCAAUGGGCUGGAGACGUCUGGAAAAAUGAUGCUAAGUGUAGUACUCUGGCCCCUACUUGCCAGGAGUAUGUUUCUGGCAACCCUGAGCAGUUUGCGAAUGCCUUUUGGGUCGUCAACUCCGUUAAAGUCUACCAACAAGGAGGCAGUCCAGGUCCAGUCCAGCACUUUGCGGCUGUAAAUCCAUCUUCAGGCUCAGUUGGGCCUCAAGAUCAAAACCAUCCUCAACCGCAAACCCAGGUCCAGCCUCAGUCGACUCAGCCAGCUACUCAACCUCAGCCCACGAAUGGGCAAGUAUGGAAUGGUCAGCCACAACCCAAUUCUGAUACCAACUCUCAACCGCCUCCACCAAAACAGGACAACUCAUGGAAUGGCCAAGUUUGGAACGGUGGUGGCUGGAAUUCCAAGAGACGAAAUAGGGCCGUUGAGAAACGGUUUUCUGCUUAG